UGAGAUGAAGUAUGGUGUAACCUAUGGCGUGUGGUGUUUGGAUGUAUACAUUCGUGGAUUCUGAUUGGCCCGUUCGCGGGCUUGGAAGGUUGUCCCGAGACACACUUGAGAAGGGGUUUGUCUAAGGCUUUGAAACGCUCUCUUUUGUCCAAUUGGUGUUUCAAUUGAAGGUUGUACACGGGGGAAAAGAUGUCAUUGGAGGACCGCCUAUCACAGGGAGUCAAGUAUGAUGCGCUCAAGAACCAGGGCACGAAACCUGUUUCCUUGAAGAAGAUUGAAAUCACCGGUGGUGAUUUCUCAAAUCACUUCUACGACAAGCUUCUCUCUCCUGCCCUGAAUGUCAAGGACGGCGUCCAAUUGACCGUGCUGGACGACGAGCUGACUUCCAUCCAGCAGAGACUGCUGUAUACCGGGCUGUUCAGAGACGUCUCUGUGAAGUUGGACCUCGAUGGCGCUCCACAAGUGCCAACCCUGCUACAAGGAGCUCCACAGCAACCUGGCUCAUCGUCUAAGCCAUUGCCCGUCAAGGCCACCAUCCUUCUGAAGGAGUUACCCCUUCUGAAGUACCAGUCAUUCUCCAAGAGCACGGACAACGACGUGUCAUGUGGUGUUCGCUACCUCAACCCGAACGUGUCGCAGAACGGUGACUCUUUACUCGUGGACGUCAACUUGCAAUACGACCCUACCGCCAGAGCCAUCACCAAGAACGUCUGGAGCUUGACGUACCUAGCGCCUUCCUGGAUCUCAUCAGAAGGUAGCAAAUUCGUCCUGACACCUGCCGUCUCUAGUGUGGAUGCACGUAAAUGGGCUUCUCAUAAGCAGUACUCUGUGGGAGGGCUUCUUGGGUUGCAGAGACUGUGCUUCAAGAAGUGUGGCGACUCCAUCAUUACAAAUGGCCUGGUUGGUGAGUUGAGACAGGUCACUGACAUCUCAAACAACGCCAGCGAUGCGAUCCGCACCUACGCUGGCGGUGAUCUAAAGCUCGGGUUCCAGUCCCAUUUGGGCCAUGAUACAAGAGAGUACGUUGGUAGGUUCACACGUGAUGGUUCGUAUGGUGAGCUCAACUUCGAGCUCUCAGGUCACAACUCCGUGGACUACUCGCACGGCUCGCAAGAGGAGAUCAAACUGCAGCCUUUCAUCAAAUCCGUGGGCCACUAUGAAGGCGCAAGAUCUUUCUUCUGUGAUAACUUCACGCUUGGAUACACCGUGGACACCGGCUUCAUCAAAUCUCUGAUCAACGCGGACGACAAGCUACACAUCUCUGACAAGUUUCUCCUCGGAGGGCUGGGUUCGCUCCAGGGGUUCCGCUUGAACAGCGUUGGGCUGAAGAGCGGCCAUGAUUACGUCGGCGGCUCUUCUCUCUUCAAGGCAGACUUGAGAUUGUUUACAAGAUUGCCAAACACCAAGCGCGAGUCUCCACUGAGAUUGUACAACUACGUGAACUUUGGUGAUGUCUAUGAGACAAAGACGUUGUCAGCAUUAGGAGAUUUGAUUGCAUCUGGUGAUUUCAUCACCAAGAGCGCAAUGUCCACAGGCGUCGGCUUAUCCUACAAGGCCGACAACGCUACGCUUGACCUGUCAUAUAACGUUCCUUUAUCAUCGAGAAGCCAAGAUAGCGCCAGCCCAGGGCUGAACUUUGCCGUUACGCUGAACUUCAAGUGAUGGACGUCUUAUAAAUACUAUUCUAUACAUUGUUCUAUAUACACACGCACAAGAUAGGAGCAAAGCGCUUCACUCAACACGCACAGUAGGGAGUGGCGGGUA